AUGACAGAAGCUCCCGAAUCCUCAGAGCAAACUUCUACAGAUCCUCAACCAGAAGUCACAGAGGAUCUAGAAGUCGAAGAAGAGCCAGAGAAACGACAGAUCUUCACCAUCUUUGACAAAAAUAACGAUGGUACCAUCUCGGUAAACCAAGUGGGAAGUGCUCUACGAGGACUGGGACUAUGUCCGACUGAAAAAGAACUGUCAGAGAUAAUGGAUCAAUGGAAAGAUCAGCCAGACGCACGGCUAACCUUCGACGAGUUCGUACCUAUUUUCGAACAACUUGGUAAGUCUGAAAUGAUUGAUAUAGUAAAAUGGCACAUACCAAAGACAAUAUAAACGAUAAAUUUCUGAAAGAGAUUUAAAAAUUUGGCCAGAUUUACAAUUCAUUUUUUGUUUUUGAGCCAAGUCUUCUUUUAAAGUUUGGGUCAUCUUUCUCUCUCAUCCUACACAAAUAUUUUUAACGAAAAAUUCAGAAAACACUCGUGUAGCCAAUACGAAAGACGAGUUCAUGGAUGGUUUACAACAUUUCGAUGCAGAUGGUACCGGUCUCAUCAAAACGUCACAGUUGAGGCACAUUUUGACGACAUUGGGAGAGAAGUUGACGGAACAAGAGGUAGAUCAACUGCUCGAAGGAUUGGGCGACGAAAAUGGUCUUCUAAACAUCGACGACUUUGUACAGUUGAUCACUCAGUAA